CCGCGUUGUCUAGAGGGGCAAAAGAAGGAGGCUCAGAGAAGGCCGACGACCUGCCUGGGAUCAUGCUGCAAGCUCAGGUGGCCUUCCUCCAGGGAGAGCGGAAAGGGCAGGAGAAUCUCAAGACAGACCUGGUGCGACGGAUCAAGAUGCUGGAGUAUGCGCUGAAGCAGGAGAGGGCCAAGUAUCAUAAACUGAAGUUUGGGACAGACCUGAACCAGGGGGAGAAGAAACCAGAUGUGUCAGAACAAGUCUCCAACGGUCCCGUGGAGUCGGUCACCCUGGAGAAUAGCCCGCUGGUGUGGAAGGAGGGGCGGCAGCUUCUCCGGCAAUACCUGGAAGAGGUGGGCUACACGGACACCAUCCUCGACAUGCGGUCCAAGCGUGUCCGUUCCCUGCUGGGCCGCUCACUGGAGCUCAAUGGGGCUGUGGAGCCGACCGAAGGGGGCCCCAGGGCCACGCCUGGCCCCGGGGGGCUCAGCGGUGGCGAGUCACUGUUGGUGAAGCAGAUCGAGGAGCAGAUAAAGAGGAACGCUGCGGGCAAAGAUGGCAAAGAGCGCUUGGGCGGCUCGGUGCUGGGGCAGAUCCCCUUCCUGCAGAACUGUGAGGACGAGGACAGCGAUGAGGACGACGAGCUGGACAGCGUGCAGCACAAGAAGCAGCGUGUGAAGCUCCCAUCCAAGACCCUGGUGCCUGAAAUGGAAGACGAGGAUGAGGAGGAUGACUCAGAGGAUGCCAUUAAUGAGUUUGAUUUCCUGGGCUCUGGAGAGGACGGGGAAGGGUCUCCAGAUCCUCGGCGGUGUACUGCGGAGGGGAGCCCCCAUGAGCUGGAAAGCCGUCGGGUCAAACUUCAGGGCAUUCUGGCCGACCUGCGGGAUGUGGACGGGCUGCCUCCCAAAGUGACUGGCCCUCCUCCUGGCACUCCCCAGCCCCGGCCACACGAAGGUUCCUUUGGCUUCUCCUCAGACGUUUUCAUCAUGGACACUAUCGGGGGCGGGGAGGUGAGCCUGGGGGACUUGGCAGAUCUCACCGUCACCAACGACAACGACCUCAGCUGUGAUCUGUCUGACAGCAAAGAUGCCUUUAAGAAGACGUGGAACCCCAAGUUCACCCUGCGCUCGCACUACGACGGCAUCCGCUCCUUGGCCUUCCACCACAGCCAGUCGGCCCUGCUCACUGCCUCUGAGGACGGCACGCUCAAGCUGUGGAACCUGCAGAAGGCGGUCACAGCCAAGAAGAAUGCUGCGCUGGACGUGGAGCCUAUCCACGCUUUCCGGGCCCACAGGGGCCCCGUGCUGGCCGUUGCCAUGGGCAGCAACAGUGAAUACUGCUACAGUGGGGGUGCAGAUGCCUGCAUCCACAGCUGGAAGAUUCCGGACCUCAACAUGGACCCCUAUGAUGGCUACGACCCGAGUGUGCUGAGCCACGUCCUGGAGGGCCACGGGGACGCCGUGUGGGGCCUGGCCUUCAGCCCCGCCUCCCAGCGCCUGGCCUCCUGCUCAGCCGAUGGCACAGUCCGGAUCUGGGACCCCAGUGGCAGCAGCCCGACCUGCCUCUGUACCUUCUCCACAGCCAGCGAGCACGGGAUCCCCACCUCAGUGGCCUUCACCAGCACCGAGCCUGCCCACGUCGUGGCAUCCUUCCGCUCUGGCGACACCGUCCUGUAUGACCUGGAGGCUGGCAGUGCCCUCCUCACGCUGGAGUCCCGGGGGAGCAGUGGACCAACCCAGAUCAACCAAGUGGUGAGUCAUCCCAACCAGCCCCUCACCAUCACGGCCCACGAUGACAGGGGCAUCCGCUUCCUGGACAAUCGGACAGGUAAAUCCGUGCACUCGAUGGUCGCCCACCUAGAUGCAGUCACCUGCCUCGCCGUGGACCCCAAUGGUGUAUUCCUGAUGUCAGGAAGCCACGACUGCUCCCUGCGUCUGUGGAGCCUGGACAACAAGACGUGUGUGCAGGAGAUCACGGCCCACCGCAAGAAGCAUGAGGAGGCCAUCCACGCUGUCGCCUGCCACCCCAGCAAGGCCCUCAUCGCCAGCGCCGGCGCGGAUGCCCUGGCCAAGGUCUUCGUAUGAUGCCCACCCGGCCCCGCCCCAGCCGCCACGCUGGCUGGGGUGUGGGGCUGGGCAGGCGGGGCUGAGGUGACUCCCAGCCUCACUCUGGAGGCGCAGAGGCCCGGCCUCUUCCUGCCUGCUGUGGAGCCUGGUGGUGCUAAUGGCCCUUUUCCCGGGACUCCCCUCCCCCGUGGCUCCCCUUGCCCAAGCGUCCCCCUGGGAUGGGCCCCUUUCAGGAAUUGCCCCGGGAGGAUGGUCUCUGGAGUUUCCUCCCUGUGCCCUGACACCCACACUGGGCAUCAGAGCUGCCUUCCAACGGGCAGCAUAGCCAGGGCCACGUGUCUUUGGGAUCUGGUUUUCCAAGACCUCAGAAGGUGCCAGUCUCCCUUGAGCUCCUGUGCCCUCCCUCCUGUUCCCAGACCUGGGUUGGGGCUGAGGCAGGAGGACUGUGGGAGCUGUGCCGGGAGGAAUCCCAGAUGCCCUCCCCUGGGUGGGCCGAGAGCCUCGGAGCUGAGCCUGGGCCAGCCCCUCCUGUCCGUCCCUGCCACCGCCGCUGUCCAGACACUAACCAAGGCCCCAGGCCAGCACCUGCCCAGCACUCCCAGGGCAACCCUCCCAGCCCCCUGUGGGGCCGCCCAUGGGGAGAGACGGCUCUCGGCCCCUUCCUGGGUGUGGAGGGUGGAGUGGGUCCCCGGGUCCCCUUCACUCCCUGUAUAUCUGUAUAAAUACGGGAUUUUAACGGCGCCCCCGCGUUAUCACUGUGUGAUAGUCUCGGUCCGUCUCCUGUCCUGGCCCUCCGCUCUUCCUCUAUUUAUUUCACUCUCUUUGUUGGUUCCACCCUGCGCCCUCGUCCCCCUCCCAGGUUCCUGUUUAUAAGUCCCAUGCCCUCUGCCCCGAUCUUGUAUGUGAAAACUUGUCUCAAUAAACCCUUUGGAUUAAGA